GGAUCGUUUCAGGCAUCAUCUCUUUGCUUGUUCCUGAGUCUGGAGAAGAUUGAGAUCGUGAUCACGGAAGCCAGACCUCCACUUUCCAGUGACAGAGGGAGGUUAUGGAGGCGUUUUAGUGCCAAGGCGGGUCAAAUGAUAAUUGCUUCUAAUUGGCAUCCCCAGAAGCACCUUAAUUAUUUAUCUGCAGCUGUCACUCAAAGAGUAAAAUUCUACGUUUGGAAAACUGGUUUUCUUUCAAUAUUAUUAUUCUAAUAUGUACAAACCUUAGCCUGGAAUCAGCAAAAGCAAAGAUAUUUACUUGAAACGUUGUUUGCAAAGUAUCUUCUAAUUAUUAAAGUGUUGUGUCAUCUUAAAAAAUGAGAUCCGAAAAACAAAAGAUGUUAUGUGAAAGGUGAAACCAGUUGAGAAGGGGGUGGGAAUGAGGGGAACAGUUAAUUCAGAAAUAAGAUCCAGAAGUGAGAAGGUGAGGUAAUAAGAACCUGGUGUGUGCAAUAUUUCUAUAAUGAAAGAGAACAAAUAACAGGAACCUGGAGAAUUUGAGAACAUGAGGAAGCAGAGUAUCCAUGAAUUAUGAAGAGAAACAGAUACAAACUAGAAAGGAUCAUAAAAAUUAUGUGACAAUAAAGUGAUUUGAUUGAACUUUUGAUAUAAAAUAUUUUUUCAUUAGCAAACUCAAGAUGGAUUACAACUCUGAGAGUUUUAAGCUUAGAUUGAAGGCUGAGAGAUACUCACCUAGAGUUUUAUUUUCAAAGUAAAACAUCUACCUAGUAGUUGAUCUAAUUUUAAUUUUUCUAUUAGUGGCAUAUUUAAUUUGGGGUCAUUCUUUUGGAAGAUUAAUAUAGAAAACAUUGAAUUUGUCAUUUUUUUCUUGUAUGACUACUUGGAGUUUUGAAAUAGUAAGACAAAGUACUAGCUCUGUGAUUAGAUCGAAUUCUCCAACAACGACAUCUCAGAUUAUGGCAAGAAAGAAAAGGAGAGGGAUAAUAGAGAAAAGGCGUCGAGAUCGGAUAAAUAACAGUUUAUCUGAGCUGAGACGACUGGUGCCAACCGCUUUUGAAAAACAAGGAUCUGCAAAGUUAGAAAAAGCUGAAAUACUGCAAAUGACAGUCGAUCAUUUAAAGAUGCUCCAGGCAACUGGGGGUAAAGGCUACUUUGACGCCCACGCUCUUGCCAUGGACUUCAUGAGCAUUGGAUUCCGAGAGUGCUUAACCGAAGUGGCAAGGUACCUGAGCUCUGUGGAAGGCCUGGACUCCUCCGAUCCACUGCGGGUGCGCCUGGUCUCUCAUCUCAGCACGUGCGCCUCACAGCGAGAGGCGGCGGCAAUGACCUCGUCUCUGGCCCACCACCAUCACCCCCUGCAUCCGCACCACUGGGCGGCGGCCUUCCACCACCUUCCGGCAGCCCUGCUCCAACCCAGCGGACUCCACGCCUCAGAGCCCACGCCUUGCCGCCUCUCCACCACUUCAGAAGUGCCUCCCGCCCACGGCUCCACCCUCCUCACGGCCACGUUUGCCCACGCAGACUCUGCCCUUCGGAUGCCGUCAACAGGCAGUGUCGCCCCCUGUGUGCCGCCUCUCUCCACUUCUCUCUUGUCCCUCUCAGCCACUGUCCACGCGGCCGCUGCAGCAGCCACGGCAGCUGCGCACAGCUUCCCUCUGUCCUUCGCUGGGGCGUUCCCCAUGCUCCCCCCAAACGCAGCUGCAGCAGUGGCAGCUGCCACAGCCAUCAGCCCUCCCUUGUCGGUAUCGGCCACGUCCAGCCCUCAGCAGACAAGCAGUGGAACAAACAGUAAACCUUACCGACCCUGGGGGACAGAAGUGGGAGCUUUUUAAGUUUUCAUUGAACUUCUUGCAGUAGUAACUGAAUGUCCUUCAUUUCAGAGUCGGCUUAAAACCUCUGCACCCUGAAAGUAGCCAUACAGAUGUCUGCGGAUCCACAAAGGAACAAUAAAGCUAUUUGAGACACAAACCUCAGAAGUGGAAAUGUGGUAUUAUCUUUUUUCUCUGUUUUGGUUUAAGGCAAUUUGGUAACUGACAUCAGCAACUUUUGAAAAUGUCACACUUGUUUUCAUUUAGAAGUCUCCUGGAAAAUAAUAUAUGGACUGAACCAUCCAGCAGUGCAUCACGAUGUCUGAAUUGGGGAAGAAAAAUGCCCUGACUGAAUUUUCUUGAAACUAAAUGGAAAAAAAAAUAUUCGUGUUUCAUAAGUGCCUGAGCUAGUAAAGUUUUCUUUUGAACAUACAACGUUGCACAAGUAAAGAAGAGCGUAGAGGUUAGGUUAAGAAAGGAUAAGGGACAGAAGUCUUGCAUUAGGCUGCAGACAUUUUAGUACAAAUACCAGAAAAGAGCACUCUGUUGAAAUCAACAGGUUUUUAUUGGCCAAAAGGAUUGCUGAAAGUAAUUUUCAAGUUGAGAAACCUAGUUUUAUCUUAGUUUGCUUUUUUUGUACAAACUUGCCAAGUUGUGACAUUUAACAAUGUAUUAGUAUAAGCAAUUAUUACGUCAGUGCUCAGAUUAACAAGCAUUUCUGCCCUGCCUGCAAACCCCCAGGCACUUUUUUUUUUUAUGGCUCAAAAUAUGGUGCUUCUUUAUAUAAAACAUGCAUUUAUAGAGUGCACCUAGAAGCAGUUGCCUACUGUGUGCCCACCAGAGGCUAUCUGACUCAUGCCAACUUGAAAACUCUCCAGUUUGUAAAAGUUUAAUUUAUUCAGUUUCAUUUGGACUAUUUUUGCGUAUUUAUCCUCUUCAUUUCAUCCCGAUAACAUGUAAAAUCUAGUCUUGUCACCUUUUGGGGAGAAGUUGCAUUUCUGGAAGUGAUGAGGCAGGGAGAGAACAAUGGGAAGAGAAAAGCCACGAUUUUUAAAUGUCCUUUGUCAAGCUUGUGAUUGUAUUUGAUCCCAAAUCAAGAUGAAUGUAUGCAAUGGGAUGUACAUAAAUUAUUUUUGUCCAUGCCUAGACUAGUGCUACAUAAUGGUGUUUUGGUUUUGUUGUUUUUAUUUUGUUUAAUGACAAAAUAAUCUCUUAAUACUUUGAAAUUGAGCACGUGAGAAUUUAUGUUUGAAAGACAAAGACACAGCAUGUAUUAUUAUGCACUUCAUUUCUCUGCUGUGUGGAGAAAGCAAUAAACAUUAUGAGAAUGUUAAACAUUA